UUGGUGCAAAACCGAAAGAAAGUUGAUUAGCUGGGGUUGAGAUGCGACCGCUGACUGCUGCUGCCUGACCCAACAAUGCGCGCCGUCGCCUCCCCACACGCGCCUCUUCGUCCGGAGCCACCCUCAGCCGUCCGAUCAAGAUCCAACGCCCCUGAACACGGCACUUUCCCACCAGCUCCCGUCACCGCCGCGCGUCUCCGCCUCCGCCGACCACCGGAGCCAGGGCCCUCGCCGCCGCCCACCCGAUUGAGCCGCCCUAUGCCUCCUCCCACUGCGACGGUCGCCACCGCAGCCGGCGGUUCCUUCCUCGAACUCACCUGCCCCGCUGACUUUGCCGCCGUCGCCGCCCCCGGCGGCCGCUUCUCCGUCGUCGGCUUCGGAUCCCUUCUCUCCGAGCGGAGCGCGAGGAGCACGUUCCCGGAGCUGGAGGGCUUCCGGGUCGCCGCGCUGCGGGGGUUCCGCCGAGUCUUCGCCCACGCUGCCCCCAUCUUCUUCGAGCGCGGCAUCGCCAUCGAGGCCACCAAGGAAUUCUCAAGCUUGAGUGUGGAGCCAUGCGAUGGUGAACUGAUAAUAGUCACGGUAUUCGAAAUCAAGGAGGAAGAGGUGCCAGCAUUUAUUGAGAGGGAACAUGAGUUUAGGUUUCUUGCGGUUGUCCCUGAAGGUUUGGAUGGGGUACCUUUUACAAAUCGAGCAGUUGUCUGCGCGCGCUACAGCGAUGAAGAAUAUUUCCAAGGGAGAUGCCAAGGAAGCAAGGAAAUAUUUUAUCAGCGCUAUGGACGGUACAGCAUUGACAAAAUAUGGAGAGAUGACAUUUUACCAUGUCGUUUAUACCUCAGACAUUGUGUUCUUGCUGCGAAAAAUCUUGGAGAGCCAGCAUACAGCAACUUCUUGGACCACACCUAUCUUGGUGACCGGAAAACUACAAUAAGGGAAUACUUGGCCACUACCGGAGCUGGAAUCAUGGAAGAGGAGCCUCCCGAGUCUCUAAAAAGUCGCUACGGUGGCUGAUUUGAUGACGACUCUCAUAUCCACCACAGGUUGAGCUCUCGUAUCAUUAUAUGAACAGUUAGUGAAUUAGGAGUAGUGUGUUCCAGGAUGUUCGAAUAAUGCAUGGUGCUCCGUUGUAGAAUGUAGAGGAUCCAGGAUUCUGGUUUGUUCGGCAGGUGGCGCCAAAACAUGUGAUUUGUGACCAAAUUGUGAUUGAUGUGCAUCUAUAAUUGCGACUAUUUGCUACCACAACAGAAAUUCAGAGCCAGACACCCCAAAAAUGAGGACAAAA